AGAAUGCUUUCUGAAAAGUUCUGCAGGACAGAGAAGUUGAACACUUGAUCACAUGCAGGAGCACAGGAUAGAUGGAGUACAGCUGACUCAACAGCUUCAGGGGAUUUGGGUUUUGCAAUGGAACAGGUAUGGUUACUGCUCCUGCUGACGAUUAAAGUGCUUUCGGUGACUGCUCAGUUCAACGGCUACAACUGUGAUGCUAACCUCCAUAGCAGGUUUCCUGCUGAACGAGAUAUCAAUGUUUUCUGUGGAGUACAGACAAUUACUAUGAAGAUAAAUUUUUGCACAGUUCUUUUCUCUGGUUACUCUGAAACAGAUCUGGCACUGAAUGGGAAGCAUGGGGAUGCUCACUGCAGGGGGUUCAUCAAUAACAACACCUUUCCAGCAGUGGUCAUUUUCAUCAUCAAUCUGAGUACUUUGGAAUCCUGUGGAAACACUUUAGUGGUGUCCUCAGCUCGAGGUGUCAAUGCUUAUGGGAAUAUCUCAGUGGUACAGAUAGGUAAUGUUUCGGGCUAUAUAGAUACACCAGACCCACCAACUAUUAUCAGCUAUUUACCUGGGCUUCUGUACAAAUUUAGCUGUAGCUAUCCUCUGGAGUACCUGGUUAACAAUACCCAGCUUGCUUCGUCAUCGGCUGCUAUUUCUGUAAGGGAGAACAAUGGUACAUUUAUCAGCACUUUGAAUUUGUUGCUUUACAAUGACUCAACCUACAGCCAGCAGCUCCUCAUCCCAAGUACAGGUUUACCUUUGAAAACCAAAAUAUAUGCAGCUGUGAGAGCAACCAACCUUGAUGGCAGGUGGAAUGUUUUGAUGGACUACUGUUACACUACACCAUCUGGUAAUCCGAGUGAUGAUCUUCGAUAUGAUCUUUUCUUCAGCUGUGACAAGGAUCCUCAGACAACUAUCAUUGAAAAUGGCAAGAGCCAAAUGGGACGGUUUUCAUUUGAGGUAUUCCGCUUUGUGAAGCACAAGAACCAGAAGAUGUCUACGGUCUUCCUCCACUGUGUGACAAAGCUGUGCAGAGCAGAUGAUUGUCCCUUUCUUGUGCCAAUUUGCAGUCACAGAGAAAGAAGAGAUGCUGGUGGCAGAACAACUUGGAGGCCUCAGAGCACCUCUGGCAACGCUGUGAUCACUGCUGGCCCCAUCAUUACGAGGAGUGAUGAGACACCAACCAACAACUCACAGCUUGCUCAAGAUGGACCUCCUUUCCAGCUGAAUUCAGUCACCAGUGCUCUGAUUUCAGGUGUGGUCAUCCUUGGAAUCACAAGCGUUUUCUUUUUUGUGUGUUCCCUAACUCUUCUGCACAGAAAUUGGCCCAACAACUCGGUCUUGAGCGGCAUCCGAAAUCCAGUUUUUAACUGAAAGUGAUUUACUUGCACUUUUUGUUUGCAGUUGCCUUUCUUAUCCAUGAAAUAUGCUUCCACUAAAAAAAGAAAAAAAAAAAAAA